AUGGCAGAAGGAAAUCAGAGCACUGUGACUGAGUUUAUCCUUACCGGGUUCCCUGGACUUCAUUCAAAGUACCAUGGCAUUGCCUCAGCUGUACUGCUCUUAGUUUAUUCCUUAACUUUGAUAGGUAAUGCAACAUUUCUUUUUUUAUUUGCAACUGACCGCAGCCUUCAUAAACCAAUGUAUUAUAUAAUUCUAAAUCUUAGUGCAUGUGACAUUCUCUUUAGCACAACUACUUUACCUAAGAUCAUCACGAAGUACUGGUUUCAAUCAGGGACCAUUUCAUUCACUGCUUGCUUUGUCCAAAUGUACUUUGUUCACUAUCUUGGCACAGUGAAUUCCAAUAUUCUCUUCCUUAUGGCAUUAGAUAGGUAUCUGGCUAUCUGCCAUCCUCUCAGAUAUCCACUUGUUCUUAAAAACUCCACCAUUGGCAUUCUCAGUAUUAUUGCAUGGGUUAUUGCCAAGGCAGGGCCUUUAUCAAUGGUUAUUAGGGCCUACCCUCUUCCUUACUGUGCCUCAAACAUAAUCAAUCACUGCUACUGUGAUCAUAUUGGUAUAACAACACUAGCAUGCACAGACAGGGCCCCUUAUGGCUUUCCUGCUUUUAUAUUUGCAAUGGUUGUAUUACUGGGGCCUCUGGCAUUUAUAUUUUUUUCAUAUUGCUGUAUAAUCAUUACAGUACUUAAGAUAGCAAAUUGGCAAGGUCGCCUAAAAUCUCUGUCCACUUGUAGUACUCAACUGAUAAUAAUCUCACUCUAUUAUUUACCAAGAUGUUUUGUAUAUUUAGCUAGCAAUGUAGGCAUUAAAUUUAGAGCUGAUAUGCGAAUAGUAACUAUCAUGCUGUAUAGCCUUAGCCCCCCCAUGAUAAAUCCACUUAUAUACUGCUUAAGAGCUAAAGAUGUGAGAGAAAGCUUGAGGAGGCGCUUCAGCAAAAGUAUCUUUCCACGAAAAGCACAGGUUUCAGCUAUUAGUAACUGA